AUGUUGACAUUUUUGAUCCCUGGUCCAACAGCUCCUGGUAAUAACAUAGAUGUUUACCGAGCACCACUGAUAGACGAUCUAAAAGAUUUGUGGGCUGAGGGUAUUGAAGUGUACGACUCAUUUGCGAAGGAGAAUUUCAAACUCAGAGCCUUGCUGCUUUGGAGUAUCAGUGACUAUCCAGCCUUAGGAACACUGUCUAGAUGUAAAGUAAAGGGGAAACAAGCCUGCAAUAUAUGUGGAAAGGAUACACCUGCAAGGUGGCUUAAGUUUAGCCGCAAGUUUGUCUACAUGGGAAACAGAAAGAGACUACCGCCUGGCCAUCAUUACAGAUAUAAAAAAACUUGGUUUGACAACACUGUGGAGGAAGGGAAUGCAAAUAGGAAACAAACUGGCGCUGAGAUAUAUGAGACACUACAAGCUUUUAGGAAUGAUUUUGGUAGACCUCUAGAGAAGGAAAAAAAAAAGGAAAAUACCAGAGAGUUGCCUGUUCGUCACAAUAUUGAUGUUAUGCACGUAGAAAAGAAUGUGUCAGAUGCUAUAUUGUCUCUCUUGAUGCAAAGUGCGAAGUCAAAAGAUGGGUUGAAAUCAAGAAAAGACUUAGAAGAUAUUGAAAUCAAAAAGCACUUGCAUACAGAGGUGAGGGGAAAGAAAACAUACUUACCUCCUGCUGCCUACUGGUUAUCGAAGAAAGAGAAGACCAUUUUCUGCCAAAGGUUAGCUAAGUUUAGAGAUCUUGAUGGUUAUUGUGGCAAUAUUGCGAACAGUGUUUCAGUUAACCCUCCAAAUAUUGGUAGUUUAAAGUCGCAUGAUCAUCAUGUCCUAGUACAGAACUUGUUACCAUCUGCAUUAAGAGGGUUGUUACAUAGGGGUCCUAGGAUAGCCAUAAGUAGAUUAUGUAGUUACUUCAACAGGUUGUGUCAGCGCAUCAUUGACCCGGAGAAACUUAUAUCCAUGGAGACAGAGUUUGUGGAAACAAUGUGUCAACUGGAGCGCUUCUUCCCUCCAGCCCUUUUGGAUAUCUUGUUCCACCUUCCAAUACAUCUAUCAAAAGAGGCACACUUGGGAGGACCAUUACACUUCCGCUGGAUGUAUCCCUUCGAAAGGUACAUGAAAACACUAAAGGUUUUUGUUAAGAAUUAUGCAAGGCCAGAAGCAUGUAUGGCUGCGGCGUAUUUAGCUGGAGAAUGCGUUGCAUUUUGUUUAGAGUUUCUUAAAGAUUCAGUACCAGUUCAAGAAGCAGUUAAUCGUAAUGAAAAUGUUGAGAUUCAUUCAGACUCAACAGAUAGUCGUUCUAAGGAGAUAAUGUGGUUGGCAUUUGGACCAAGAAAUGUUGCUUUAGCACAUAAAGGAUUCAUCAUUAAUGGGCAACGGUUUCAUACUGAUGCGGUCAAGCUGAAGACACAAAACAGUGGAGUAACUUAUGAAGCCUUUAGCAUGUGUAGAUCAAGUGCUCGAGAUAUGAGACAGGUCGCUGGUAUGCUUACAUACUAUGGAGUGAUAAAUGAGAUUUUACUCAUCGACUAUCACAUGUUCAAAGUGCCACUGUUUAGAUGCAACUGGGCAAACACAGGGAAUGGUGUGAAGGAAGAAGAUGACUUCACUCUUGUUAACCUUCAUAUGAACCAAGCAGCCUAUUUGAAAGAUCCAUUCAUUCUACCUUCUCAAGCGAAACAGGUUUUCUACUCUAGGGAGGAUAAUCAUUCAAAUUGGUAUGUUGUUAUGUUGUUAUGA